AUGUCCAAGGCACCAGGCAAGGUGUUGAACAUUGGCAACAUCAACCCCCACGUCAAGGCAGCCCAAUAUGCCGUGCGUGGUGAACUAGCCGUCAAGUCGGAAGAGUACCGCGCCAAGUUGGCAAAGGGUGAGGGCAGCGACCUGCCCUUUGACACUGUCAUUGCUGCAAACAUUGGCAACCCCCAACAACUAGACCAGAAGCCCAUCACAUUCUUCAGGCAGGUCGCCAGUAUACUCGAGAACCCAGGUCUGCUAGAGCAUGAGGAUGUCUUGCUCAACAGCCUGGGAUACAAGUCGGAUGUUAUCGCCCGCGCGAGAAAGCUCUUGAAAGAGGUCAAGAGCGUGGGCGCAUACAGCCAAAGUCAGGGUGCUCCCGGCAUCAGACAGAGCGUGGCAGAGUACAUUGAGCGACGAGAUGGCUACCCAGCCAAGUUUGAGGACAUCUACCUCAGCAAUGGCGCUUCGUCUGGUGUAAACACACUCCUCCACACAAUCUGCGCAAAGCCCGAGACUGGCAUCAUGGUCCCCAUCCCACAGUAUCCUCUCUACACCGCUACCCUAUCCGUACUCAACGCCCGCUGCGUACCAUACUACCUCGACGAGGAGCAGGCUUGGGGCACAUCGCUCGACUCUAUCCGAACAGCCUACGACAAGGCAGUCAGCGAGGGUACGGACGUCAAGGCCAUCUGCGUCAUCAACCCGGGUAACCCCACUGGCGCUUCGCUCCCCGCUGAGGACAUCAAAGCUGUUCUUCAGUUCGCCGCCGAAAAGGGCGUUGUUGUCAUCGCAGAUGAGGUGUACCAGACUAACGUCUUCAUUGGCGAGUUCAUCUCUUUCAAAAAGGCCCUCCGUGACCUGCAAAAGGAAACCCCUGGCAAAUACGACAACUUGGAGCUGGCCUCUCUCCAUUCCGUCUCCAAGGGCAUGGUUGGCGAGUGCGGACACCGCGGAGGAUACUUUGAGCUUGUUGGUUUCGACCCAGAGGUUGCGCAGGAGGUUUACAAGUUCAUCUCCAUUCAGCUGUGCCCGCCGGUGCUCGGCCAGUGCAUUGUUGAGAUGAUGGUCAACCCGCCCAAGGAGGGCGAGCCAAGCUAUGCUCUGUACAAGGAAGAGUAUGAUGGCAUCUUCAACGGACUGAAGAAGCGCGCGUAUGCGCUGUAUGAAGCUUUCAAGAAGAUGGAGGGAGUGGAGUGCAAUGAGCCUCAAGGCUCUAUGUACCUCUUCCCCACCAUCCACCUCCCGGAGAAGGCUGUACAGCAGGCCAAGAAGGAAGGUCGGGCUCCAGACGAGUUCUACUGCUUCCGCAUGUUGGACGCGACCGGUGUUUGUGUCGUUGCUGGAACCGGCUUUGGACAAAAGGAGGGGACCUUGCACUUUAGGACAACCUUCCUUGCUCCCGGCACAGACUGGACUGGACGUAUUGUCAAGUUCCACGAGGACUUCAUGAAGGAGUUCAAGUAG